CUUCCGCUUCUAAUCCCCGGUAGCCUGAUGGGAUGCGGACGGAAUGUUUGAGGCGGGCUCUUCAGGGAGACCCAGGUGUUGGGACAACAUCCACGGGCCGCGAUUCCUUAUCUCUACUGCAUUAUAACACAUCAGCAUUACUCGGUGCUGAGCCAUUUUGAACACAGGGGCAGACAGUCUGUUGAGCUCUCUCCCCGCUGCUGUCUGGAUAAGAAGCCCACACGGAAGUUGUUGUUUUUUUGUGGCAGCUGUUGUCAAGAAGUUCACAAUGAAGAGCAGCGGUCUCCUGCUGCUGCUCGCAACUUUCACCUGUAGACUCGCACAGGGACAAGAAAACGAGGCCGACGAGCUGCAGGUGGAGACCCUGGUGAAACCCGAAACUUGCACUGUACUUUCCAGAAUGGGAGACACGCUGCAAAUACACUACACGGGUAAACUGAUGGAUGGAAAGAUGAUCGACUCAUCACUAUCCAUGGACCCUCUUGUGGUCGAGCUGGGGAAGAGGACAGUUAUUGCCGGUUUGGAACAAAGCUUGGUUGGCGUGUGUGAAGGGCAAAAAAUAAAAGCCACUAUUCCAUCUCACCUUGCAUAUGGAAAAAAAGGAUACCCUCCUACGAUUCCCGGUGACGCUGCCCUUGAGUUCGAGGUGGAGGUGCUUUCUCUGACACAGCAGACGCCGUGGCAGAAAAUGGUCAACGACGUGUUGCCCAUUGUGUGUUUGGCUCUCGUGCCCACUUUGCUCGGCUUGGUGGGACUUUACCUCUACAAAAAGGCUAGUCCCGAGAAGCCUAGCAAAAAGAAGGCGAAGGAUAAGAAGAGCAAGAAGAAAUAAGGACAAGGCAAAGAUUUAUUUAAUUAAAAUUUUUAAUUGUA